UUCUGUGAGGAUUGUGGUUUUGAAGUUGAAGAGUUCACGAAAAUUUACUCGUUCAGAUGUUGCAUGCCUCUGUAGCUGAAAAGUGAAAAGAUAGAACAAAAAUGGCUACUUCCCCACGUGGUCUUGAAGGUAGACACCGUUUUCCAGCAUCCAUUGUAGAUUUAUACAAACGAAGAUUAACAAAAGACAAUGCUAAAAAUGUCGAGAAAGAGAAGCCUAUCCAGUUAUCCAUCAGAGACAGAAACUCAAGAUGCAACUUUUCUUUCUUGAAAACUUCUCUCCUAUUCAUAACCAUCUGCAUUACUUGUGUAAUGCUUCUUUAUUCCACAAAACUUUACAACGGAAACCAUUUAUGGGGUGGAUCAGAUCCUCGAUAUACAUCGGAUGUAGACAUUAACUGGGAUGAUAUGUUACAAAUUACAGAGAAACUGACAGGGAAAAAAGAAUUUCAAGGAGUUGGGCUUCUAAACUUCAAUAAGACUGAAUUAGAGCAUUGGAAACAGCUUAUUCCUAAUGUUACACAUGUUGUCCUGAACUUAGAGUAUGCUGCAGAAAACGUGACAUGGGAAUCCCUAUACCCAGAAUGGAUUGAUGAAGAAGAAGGGACCCAAGUUCCGAUUUGUCCUUCCCUUCCAAGUCUUAGAUCUCCUGGAAUAAGGCUCAAUCUCAUAGCUCUGAAGCUUCCUUGUGUCAAUGGAGGGAAUUGGUCUAGAGAUGUUGCUCGCUUGCACUUGCAACUAGCAGCAGCUAGGCUUGCAACCUCUUUCAAAAGCAAUUAUCCCGUUUAUGUGCUUUUUGUUUCCAAAUUCUUCCCAAUACCAAAUUUGUUUACCUGCAAAGAACUUGCCAGACAUGAAGGGAAUCUAUGGUUGUACAGACCAAACCUGACUGUUUUGAGACAAAGACUCCUCCUCCCAGUAGGAUCAUGUGAACUUUCACUUCCUUUGAGGGACAAAGAGGUGAUUUACGCGGGAAAUGCUCGAACAGAAGCGUAUGUAACUAUUCUCCAUUCAGCUCACGUUUAUGUGUGUGGAGCUAUUGCUGCUGCACAAAGCAUUCGCAUGUCUGGAUCAACUCGGGACCUGGUUAUACUUGUUGAUGAGACAUUGGGUGAGUACCACAGAAGUGGUUUAGAAGCAGCAGGGUGGAAGAUUAGGAGAAUACAAAGGAUCAGAAACCCAAAGGCUGAAAAAGAUGCUUACAACGAAUGGAACUACAGCAAGUUUCGUUUGUGGCAGCUUACAGAUUACGACAAGAUAAUAUUCAUCGAUGCAGAUUUGGUCAUUCUAAGAAACAUAGAUUUCCUAUUUGGAAUGCCAGAAAUCACUGCAACAGGAAAUGAUGGCACAGUUUUUAACUCGGGUGUGAUGGUGGUUGAGCCAUCAAAUUGCACAUUCAAGCUUCUGAUGGAUCAUAUUGAUGAGUUUGAGUCCUACAACGGAGGGGACCAGGGAUACUUAAAUGAAAUAUUUACAUGGUGGCACAGGAUACCGAAGCACAUGAACUUUUUGAAGCAUUUUUGGGUUGGAGAUGAGGAAGAGAAGAAGCAAAUGAAGACUUUGUUGUUUGGUGCUGAGCCUCCAGUUUUAUAUGUGCUUCACUAUCUAGGAAUGAAGCCGUGGUUGUGCUUUCGGGACUACGAUUGUAACUGGAAUGCUGAUAUCUUUCACGAGUUUGCGAGUGAUGUUGCUCAUGAAAGGUGGUGGAAGGUGCAUGAUGAAAUGCCUAAGCUUUUGCAGCAGUUUUGCAUGUUGAAGUCAAAGCAGAAGGCCCAGUUGGAAUGGGAUCGUAGGCAAGCUCAAAUUGCAAACUUCUCAGAUGGGCAUUGGCGAAUCAGGGUUAAAGAUAAGAGGUUGAAGAAAUGCAUAGAUAAGUUGUGUUCAUGGAAAAACAUGUUGAAGCAUUGGGGUGAAACCAAUUGGACCGGUGAUGAUUCUUGUUAUACUCCAACGCCACCUGCCAUUGCCACAACAUCACUUUCUGAUCUGUGACAUGAAUUUAACUUUCUUGCGAGUGUGAAUAAAUUUCUUGGUGCAGAAAAAUGGCAUCAAGGGAGAAAAUUUCCUGCUUAGAUUUGAAUCAACAUGGUCUAUUCUACUCUAUUUUUGGUGUGUGCUGAGUCUGCUCGUCAGUGUGAUCAGGUAUUAUAACAGAGUAUUAAGACAUUCACACUUGUAUUCUUUUAUACUCCCACUCCACAGUCAAAUAAAUUCUUA